AUUUACCAAAGCCGGCAGUGUCAGUGGAGGAAAUGCAAGACAUUUGGUGUGUGAAGACAACGCAGAAAAAGUAAAGUGGCCACAGUAAGCAAUAUCUCAUCCCUUGUGUCAUCACAUCAAUGGUCCUUCUCCAUUAACAUCUGGCUCUCCAGAAUAUAAAAAACUGGUCACAUUCACAACAUCUUUGAAAGCUACAUAAGAAUACAAAAGUACACCAAAUAUGUCGAUGGGAUUGGAAAUUGGGGGCAUUGCCCUGGGCAUCAUUGGUUGGAUAAUUAGCAUUGUGGCUUGUGCUCUUCCCAUGUGGCGCGUCACGGCCUUCGUUGGCACCAACAUCGUCACGGCACAAGUAAUUUGGGAAGGUUUAUGGAUGAGCUGUGUCGUUCAAAGCACUGGACAGAUGCAGUGCAAGGUCUACGACUCAAUGCUGGCUUUAGGACAAAACCUGCAGGCUUCCAGAGCCAUGACGGUCAUCGCCAUCAUCUUGGCUGCUCUGGGUGUGAUGAUCUCCAUCAUGGGUGCCAAAUGCACCACUUGUAUUAAGGAUGAAGGUGCUAAAGCUAACGUGAUGAUCGCUUCUGGCAUAACUUUCAUUAUUGCUGGGAUCCUGAAUGUCAUUCCAUCGUCCUGGGUGGCAAACCAGAUCAUUCGGGACUUUUACAACCCGAUUCUGACCGCCGCUCAAUACAAAAGUACACCAAAUAUGUCGAUGGGAUUGGAAAUUGGGGGCAUUGCCCUGGGCAUCAUUGGUUGGAUAAUUAGCAUUGUGGCUUGUGCUCUUCCCAUGUGGCGCGUCUCGGCCUUCGUUGGCGCCAACAUUGUCACGGCACAAGUAAUCUGGGAAGGUUUAUGGAUGAACUGUGUCGUUCAAAGCACUGGACAGAUGCAGUGCAAGGUCUACGACUCAAUGCUGGCUUUAGGACAAGACCUGCAGGCUUCCAGAGCCAUGACGAUCAUCGCCAUCAUCUUGGCUGUUCUAGGUGUGAUGAUCUCCGUCAUGGGUGCCAAAUGCACCAAUUGUAUUGAGGAUGAAGGUGCUAAGGCUAAAGUGAUGAUCGUCUCUGGCAUCAUGUUCAUUAUCGCUGGCAUCCUAGAUCUUAUUCCUUCAGCCUGGGUGGCAAACCAGAUCAUUCGGGACUUUUACAACCCGAUGAUGACUGCUCAGCAAAGAGAGAUCGGGGCAUCCAUUUACAUAGGCUUCGCUGCUGCCGCUCUCUUAAUCAUUGGAGGAGCCAUGCUGUGCUGCACUUGUCCUCCAAGAGAGAAGAAGUACAAGCCGGCAAGAAUGGGCUAUUCUGCUCCACGCUCAGUCAGCGCUGGAUAUGACAAGAAGGACUACGUUUAAAUCUGUAGAAGAAGAAAAAAAACAACAAAGACAGAUAAAAAGGGUGAACAUGCAUAUGAAAGGACUCCAUAAUGAAGGGCUGUGAUGCUGUUAAUAUUUGCUUUUCGUUGGUUUAAGACUGUGUGUGUGUGUGUGUAUGUUAAGGGAUGAUGUCUAUCAGGGACUUUUUUUGUUUGUAUUUCCUCUUUGACAUCAUUUUUAAUUUGCCUAUUUUUGUUUAGCUGUUUGUCUUUUCGUGUAUAUGGUGUCAAAUUGUAUCAUAAAUGAUUUGUGUAUUUCAGUAUGGAUAUCUACGCAUUCUUCAGUCAUUUCAGUCCAUUUACUUGAGAAGCUCAAUUCAAAGCACUUCAGAUUUUUCAUCUUGCCUUCUGAUGUACUGAUCAAUAUUAAGUAAUGUGAUGCUCUAAACAAGAAACAAAUAUAAACUGUUUUACAUUUGAUUUUUGUACUGUAAAACAAACAUAACUACUAAGAAAGAAGGUCAUUUUCACAGUGGAAGUGCUCACUGUUUCCAUAAGAUGGAUAACAGGAAGAGAAAAAACUCUUUACAUGUAUUUGCUUAUGAAAAUUUCACGGGACACCGAAACUGAAUAUUUGUGUAUGAUUUAAGUUUCAGGUUUGUCUUAUCAUUAUGUUGCACAUGACUAACAUGACUAUGUAUAGUUCCCUUAAAACAUUUUAUACACUUCCUUUAUUACUCAUAGAAUUUUUAUACAGAGUUUAAUAGCGCUCUUGGGUGUAUUUUCACAACAUUUUAAGUACUGUGACUAAUAUUUGUCCAUUGUGUGUCCUUUAUAUUAUCAAGCAUAUAUGGUAAAGUAAAAUGGUUCAUCGGUUGAUAUUUGAAACAAAUGGUCAGUUACAGUAAACAAAAGACUGCUGGAGUGGUUUUACCUGUUUUGGUCCUUUGUUCUUGAACCGGGGCAGUAAUAUGAACACACUUUAUGAGAGAGACCACUCAGCGGACAAACCUUAUACAAGCUGUACUGUUUGCCAUAGGCGGUGCAGACAAAUCCAACCAAAACUGGUCUGGACAAACUGCUGAGAGGAAGAGGGAUGGUGAUUGAAAGUAAACUUAAGGCACAAAAUGUUUACUUUACUAUGUAUAUCUGUAUUUAACUCUAUUGUAAUUUCAAAUCAAAUGUCAAUAAAAAGCUCCAUUUAUGCUUUGA